AACCUUCCAGAGCUGGGCGUAGCAGGAACUGAGGUUAUAAUUUUCUGGCAACCCUACAGAGCUAGAGUUACAUGCACCAUUUUCCACAGUUACCAAGUAGUCAUGAAAACUUCAGGUUAAUUGUAGAUCAAAGCUCAAAGAUUUUUCAGCACCAUCGAGGAAAAUAUACACAAUUUUGUUUGACCAACAGCCGAGUCCAAACAGACUGGAAAAUGGACAGCGGAGUGACAGUAAUCACCAAUCCCACCGUGAAUGUGCGCCUAACGAGCACCAUCUCCUCCUUUGAGGUGCAGCGCAGGUUCAGCAGAGGCACCAGUAUAGCAGAGCUGAAGGGAAAGUUGGAGAUGAUUGUGGGUGCACCUGCCUCCUGCAUGGACCUGGAGUUAUUCAGUGUCUCUGACAAGUUCCUGCAGAGAAUGGAUGACAAUGAAGCUCUGCUAGGAUCCUAUCCUGUGGACGAUGACUGCAGAAUAAACGUUAUUGAUAGAAGUGGCGGUCAGAUGGGCGAGUUCACUGAUGUUUCUAAAGUGGAGAAAUUUGAGCUGUCAGAUGAUGCUUAUGAUAAGAGAACAGACACAGCGAGGUCAUUCAUGAAGAAACAUCGUGUGGGUCGCUUCAAUGAGGAGGAAACGGCCAAGAAAAAAGUGGAGAACGCAGUACGGGACGAGGAACAGAAGGCUGCCGCUGAUGCGAUUGCUGUUGGCAGCCGCUGCAAAGUGCAGGUCCCCGGACAGCCCACAAAGCUUGGCACAGUCAUGUAUGUUGGAACAACAGAUUUCAAGCCGGGGUACUGGGUGGGUGUGAAGUAUGAUGAGCCCCUGGGCAAACACAAUGGAACUGUUGAGGGGAAGCAGUACUUUGAGUGCGAGAACAAAUACGGUGCGUUUGUGAAGCCCCUGAGUGUGACUGUGGGAGACUUCCCUGAGGAGGACUACGGUUUAGAUGAGAUGUAGGACUGCACCGUUUUACUGCCCCAACCUCACGCUGUUAUCUGUUCACCAAGCAGAGAAGAAGGCGAGUCUUUUUUUUUUUUUUUUUUAGUGUAAUGAUUUUUUUUGUGUGUUUUUCUGGAAGGCAUGAUACUAAAGCACUUUGGCCUCAAGUUCUCUUUCAGUAACUUCAGAGCAAGUUGACAGACUGUUGAUUCAGAUGAUAAUUCAAGAUAACCACAGAAAGAACUCACAACAACAGAUGUUUCAUAAAGUAGGGGAUUUUUGUUGCAGCAAAAUGAAGGUUUCAGUUGUUUGUCCCUCACUAUGCACACUUCUGUUCAGUUCAUACUACUUCCUGUAGUUGUACUUCUUUUGUUCCCAUGCAUUUCUCCUUGUUUAGUAAUUGACAAUGUGUACAAAGAUUAUUGUAUUAUAACUGUUUAUAGUUAUCUGUAGUCUUGCCAUUUUUGACGACUGUAAAUUGCUGUUUGGACAUUAGUCUAUUAGAGGAAAAAUUCACCCAGACACACUUUGACACUAAAAUAAAAAGCGGCAUUGUUGCUUUUAUUACUAAGUUUGUAUCUCUAAGUGAGUUAACCCUGGGGUACGCCUUCUUCAAGCCAUUUAUUCAAAUUCUUGCUCGCUGGCAAAUUUAAUGUCAGACUCACAAGAUUUUGGCAGAGGAGGAAGAAAUUGUAGAUCCUCAUCAGCAGAUGGGUCUCGUGCUUCUUUUUGUUGUACUUUGCAGUUAAAGCUUUCAACAGAAACAGUGCCUGAAAUUUAUGUGCCAAAGUGUGCGAGGGUAAAUGUUUUUUUUUUCCUCUCCCUAAACAACAUUACAUUCCCCAAAGUUCAUUUUUUUUGUAAGUAGAAUGUGCAACAGUUCAACUUUGAGCUUAAGAUGUAAUUUCCAUUUAUUUUUCUGUGACUCAGUUCUUCUUGUUAAACAUUAAAUUUUGUGCACUUGAAUGUAUCGUACGUGUGUUGAACCACUGAACUAAAAGAUGUUUCACAUUUAAAAUUUAAUAGGUCUCAAUUUUACUUUUUCUGGAGACCAGCCCAUUGGCAACCCAAAAUCUUUGUGGCCUCCAGCAACCGCUAAACAACUGAAAUUCAAGCAGGUGGUUUGUGUUGAGGAAUACACAUUUUACCCUAGAAACUGCUGAUGGCAGAUGGAUUCUUAGGCCUUUGUAACUUAAUUCAACCUGAGUGCACCUGUGUAUAUAAAUGGAUGUAAAAAAAAAAAAAAAUCUGGGUAAAUCCAAUAUUCAUUGAUGAGUUUGUUCCAGUGAUUAUAGCUAAAUCCUGUUUAAGUCUGAAAUGGGAAAUGGAUUUUAUAUUGCAGCACAAUUACAAAAUAACACGUAUUUUCAACUUCCAUAUAAACACAACAGGUUUCACACAGUCAGUACGAGUCUCUCUUGGUAUACAGCCCUUUUAUUACAUAUUCAUACAUGAUUUAGUAGUGAGUUAUUAAACUCUGAAACAUACCUGCUUGUGUUUCCCAUCUGUAGCACAGUUAUGGAACAUCCAGUGCACGUUCAGAUGAUUAUUUUCAAUAUAUUUGGCAUAUUUGAGCCCAUGCUGGCCAUCAAGUUAAAACAGAAAGAAAAGCAAAAAAACAAAAACAAAAAAAAAAACAGCUUCAUACUCACAACACUCAGCUUUGAACAGUGUGUUUCAAUUGAACAAUAUGCCUUAUUUAUGCUUUGUUUUAUGUUACUGAUCAAAACUUCUUAAUGUCUUUGUCCUCUGAUGCUUGAAGAAAUUAUUCUAGUGGUUUCUUUUUAGGCAAAUGUCACUUACAUGGAAAAUUGUAGGAGUGUUCUCUCUGUUUCUUAAAAUCUGUUCAUCUCUGAGGUGCUGGUGUUAUUAUGUGCCAAAGGGUUCUGCUUAGAAAUAAGAAUUAUUUGCCAGUAUAUAAAGCUUAUUAAAGUGAGUGAAUCUACUUGA